AUGAAAUCAUCCGCAACGGUAAUUGCUCAAUCAUUAAGCGAAUUUGGCCGUUGCCUGAAAGAAACGGAACUUCCUAAUGAUGUUGAAACAACAGCACGACUUCUUGAGAUGCAAACUGCGGAACGUGAUGCUAUAAAGGAAGAUUUCCGAAUAUCGAUACGGAAAGGAUUAUCAUUGUUACGACAUGUCAGACAAUUGGAUGUUAAACCGAAACAUGAACAACUUAGUCCAACCAGGUAA